AUGAUGCAUUGUGUUCCUGCAUUUUUGACUGGACAGAAAGGAAAUAGUGGAGGACGUGAUCAAGAUUCACGAGUUUUGAAGAUCAAUGCUCAACCAUCACAAUCUUCUAGAAACAAAUCAGCAAGGUAUGCACUACAGUUUUUUCAAGAGUCUGAAGAUGAAAUCCGUCAGAGAAAAGAAGAAGCAUUUUUACCAUUGACACCUGCUCUUAACGAUCUUGAGAUCGCUGCAGAUAAUUACUUUAGUGCUGAUGUGGAAUUUCCUAAAAGACCUCCGUGGAAUUAUGAAAUGUCUCCACAACUUUUAGAACUUCAGGAACAACGAUAUUUUACCGAAUAUGUUUCCAAUUUGGAGAAAGAGUGUAAAAACAUUAGCUAUUUUGAGCUGAAUUUAGAAACAUGGAGACAAUUAUGGCGAGUGCUGGAGAUGUCGGAUGUUAUAUUGUUUAUUGUGGAUAUUCGGUACUCGGCCUUAAUGUUUCCACCAUCAUUGUAUCACUAUGUAACUGAUACUUUAAAGAAAGAUUUUAUUCUUGUUUUGAACAAAGUAGAUUUGGCUCCGCCACCCCUGGUUGUGGCAUGGAAAAAUUAUUUUAUUGAGAAGUUCCCUUCUUUGCAUGUUAUAAUGUUCACAUCAUUCCCGGGCUACAACUUACGAAGUAAUCCUCAAAAAAAAUCAGGUCUCAAAGUGUGUCGACUGAAGGGAAGAAUGCGGAUGGCUGCAGAAGGAGCUCAGAAAGUCCUUGAUGUUUGCAAACAAAUAGUGGAAAAUGAAGUUGAUUUAACUUCAUGGCAGGAAAAAAUAAUAGAAGAAAUGAAAGAAGAAUGUGAGAUAGAGAAAGUGAAUGUAGCAGAAUAUAUUAAUGCCAAAAGUUCUGCAGAAGAUAGGUACACGGAACAUGAAAAAUUUCAAGAUGGAGUAUUAACCAUAGGUUGUGUUGGACAUCCCAAUGUUGGAAAAUCCUCAUUAUUAAAUGCUUUGAUGGGAAAGAAGGUGGUGAGUGUCUCUCGCACUCCAGGUCAUACUAAACAUUUUCAAACCAUUUUUCUGACACCAAAUGUGAAGUUAUGCGACUGCCCUGGUUUAGUAUUUCCAUCAAAGACACCCAAAAAUUUGCAGGUACUGAUGGGCAGUUUCCCAAUUGCCCAGUUAAGAGAACCAUAUUCAUCCAUUAGAUAUCUUGCAGAGCAUAUGGAUUUGAUUAAACUCUUAGCCUUGCAACAUCCUGAAGAUGAUGAAGAGUGGUCAGCCAUUGAUGUCUGUAAUGCUUGGGCACAAAAGAGAGGCUUUUUUACUGCUCGUACUGCUCGCCUCGACUCGUAUCGUGCUGCUAAUCAUUUGCUGCGGAUGACUCUUGAAGGAAAAAUUUGUCUCUGUCUGCAGCCUCCUGAAUAUUCCCAAAAGAAAGAGUUUUGGGAAAAGCAUCCAGAUAUUUCCAUGGUGAAAUGGAUACAAGCGCUUGAGAGAUUUGAAGAUAAUAAUGAACCAGAUGAAAAUUUCUCAUCAGAAGAGGAGGCUGAUUCAGAAGCUGGUCAGGAGUCAGGUAGCGAAUCACCUGGAAGUGUUGAUGAAGACAAUGGAAGUGAUAGUGGUAAUGACAGCAGUAUUAAACCAGGUCCUUCAAACUUAAAUAAAUUUGCAGCUCUUGAUUCUACUGAAUAAAGUAUUUUGAUUUUUUAAAUUCUUAUUUUAAAUUGUUAUAUGUAAACAUAUGUCAGAUAAAAAUUUUGGUGUUCAAAUAAUACAAUCUUUUGUUCCUUGAUAUGCUACUAUUACUAUUUGUAAAAUUAUAAAUAGUAGUUUGUUUUAAGAGUGAGAAGUAAUGGAAUAAGGUACCUUUGCUAAUACUAUGUGGUGAUGUAGGACACAAUGGGAAUGAUUGUUCUACAUUAGCAUUAAUAUUAAACUUAGUCCAAGUGAUAAAUUUACUCUUCUAAAUUUCACAGUAUGGUCCAAAAUUGUCUUAUUUUUUAAUUGCAACAUGUUAAUCAAUGUGAUAUGCAUGGGAUAGUGGCAUGAACAAUAUUGUAAGUAGGUUUGUUGUUACUUGAUCAAUAAAAUAUGUUCGGUGAUAUGCAAAAUUUGAUAUAUUUUAAUAUAAAAACAAUAGGAAAUUAUUGUUGAAUUGAUUUCAGUUUGAGGGUAUCAAAGGAUUUGAUACCCUUCUUCACAAAGUAUAAAUAAAAUGUUUAUAAUAAAUACUAACGAUUUCAG